CCCGGCUAACGGACUCCUUUCCUACAAGAAACUCUACAGGCUGAAGACUAUGGAAAUUUUGAAUGACAUUUUAGUGACAGCUAAGUCGGUAUGCAGUUGAGACAAUCAUGCAGCAAGCGACGAGCUCCACGUUAUAUGCGAUUCGAUUGCCUGUAUCAAGCAAAGCGGCAGGACUGUUCGACGGCAACGUACAAGUAGCACAAGCCAGGCCGCACCCAUUGUUGCCCGGCCAUAUCGGGUUGGUCGACUCGCAUGGAGUCUACUAUGUGGUCAGGCUUGGGGAGGGCGGUGCUCGGCCAACUGUCGCCGCAGUGUAUGAGCUGCAGCUAUGUACAGGCAACAACGCCGCCGGCGUCACCACCAGCACCGGCAGCAGCAGCGGCAGUCUCUUCCCGCAGCCGGUACGGCAGGAGUGGCGCGCCUGGGAGCCGCUGCCGGACGAUGAGGGGCUGCUGCUGAGCCACCGCGGCUCGGGGCGCAUCCUGUACGCGCAGUUGCCGCUGUGCGAGGGGGAGCGCGGAGCCGUCUGCCUGUUCGGCGCACAUGAGGAGAGAUGAAUGUAUGGAGCCGAGGUUUAGCCGCCUCGUCCUUUCCUCGCAUGUGCGUGCUGCCCUUGGCCUCCUACCCUCAAGCGCCCUCAGCCAAGGUCCUCCUCCUUCAACAACCAGCUUUCUAACUCGGAC